AUGGUCAACCGAAAGCAGAUACAAGCUAUCGUUGGAGGUGUUAUAGCCCUGUAUCUUGCGACGUGGUUGUUCGUGAUACUGUACUUUCAUGCCAUUGUGUCCACAACUCAUGACAGUUCCAAUACCAAUAACAGUCAGGACCAAGACCAAACGAUAGAGCAACGAAGCCUUGGAAGGGAGAGUAUAAGCAAGAAGAACAACAGUAAUAAUGCAGUGGAAAAUCCAUGGUAUGGUUGGCAACCGGAAAUAUCGUCGUCGAUGGAGUGUUCCUGGCGAGAGUGCAUGAAGGAAAAGCACACUUGCAACACAUGUCGAGAUUCGAAAUUGGACAUGGCAGUGGCCGGCGAUGCCUCCAUCGAUCCCGGCAAGGAUUGGGUCCCUGAUGUCACCAUGUUACAUCGCAUGUUCUUGGAUGGUCAAGAUUCCAAUGGUAAUCCAUGGCCACCUUCCUUGGACGAUGAAUUGUGUGAGGAUAUUGGCUCGUUUGGAGGCAAGGCGGAUGGAAACAAACAGUUGAUAGACUUGGUACCAAUCAAAGGAGCUCGUUUCGCCAAAACUCCAGGAAAAAAUGAUAAAGUUCUGUGUAUGGUUUAUACUAUGGAAGAGAACCAUGCCACCAACAUUCGAGCCAUGCGAGAAACCUGGGCCUCGGGAUGUGAUGGUUUCCUCGCCUUUUCUACCAAGACAGAUGCUCGUAUACCGGCAAUCAGUAUUGAGCACGAUGGGAGAGAAGAAUAUAACAACAUGUGGCAAAAGAGUCGAAGUAUGUGGAAAUUUGUGGGGAAACAUUAUCAGGCUGACUUUGAUUGGUUCUACAUUGGCGGAGAGGAUUUGCUUGUAAUUCCACAAAACUUGAAGAACUAUUUGGGGACACAUGAUCCUAAUAAAGGCUACUUUCUGGGGAGACGCUUCAAAGGAGGUGGUUCGGGGACAUACUUUAACAGUGGAGGGGCUGGUUAUGCGCUUUCACGGGCGUCCCUCCAAUGCAUAAUGGAACAUUUUGAGGAGCCAGUAUGUCGUCCAGACACACACACACCAAUGGAAGAUGUCAUGAUUGCCCAGUGUUUGGAAAAGGCCUGCAACAUUUCCAUUUUCGACACGAGGGACGAACAAAAGCGGGAACGCUUUCAUCCAUUCGCGCCACAGCUGCACUAUGUAUGGCAGCAUCCCAAGCCACCGAACCAUGAUUGGUACGAAGACUACAAUAAGGAGUGGGGUAUCGGAUUGGGGAAAGACUGCUGUGCACCUGACUCGGUUUCCUUUCAUUACAUCAAGAAGCCAGCCAUGGUUCGGCAUCUCUUUCAUUACCUUCAUAACUGUAAUCGAAAUAUAUAA